GGGAUUGAGGAGGUGGCCGGUAGCGCGGCGGCUGACCAGCAGGGGUGUGGGGUCACCGAGGGUGCGGAGCGGAUUCGGGUCACGGUGAGGGGCCGUCCCCCAGGUCCUGUCCCCAGGCUUCUGUGACUUGGUGUUCGCUGGAGUGGAAGCCACCGCAAGGCAGAGCUGCCACCAUGUCUACAUUCAGGCAGGAAGAUGUGGAGGACCACUACGAGAUGGGGGAGGAGCUGGGCAGCGGCCAGUUUGCCAUCGUGCGGAAGUGCAGGCAGAAAGGCACCGGGAAGGAGUACGCGGCCAAGUUCAUCAAGAAGCGCCGCCUGUCGUCCAGCCGGCGGGGCGUGAGCCGCGAGGAGAUCGAGCGGGAGGUGAACAUCCUGCGGGAGAUCCGGCACCCCAACAUCAUCACCCUGCACGACAUCUUCGAGAACAAGACGGACGUGGUACUUAUCCUGGAGCUGGUCUCCGGCGGCGAGCUGUUCGACUUCCUGGCCGAGAAGGAGUCGCUGACCGAGGAUGAGGCCACGCAGUUCCUCAAGCAGAUCCUGGACGGCGUCCACUAUCUGCACUCCAAGCGCAUCGCCCACUUCGACCUCAAGCCAGAGAACAUCAUGCUCCUGGACAAGGACGUGCCUAACCCACGCAUCAAGCUCAUCGACUUCGGCAUCGCCCACAAGAUUGAGGCUGGGAACGAGUUCAAGAACAUCUUCGGCACCCCCGAGUUCGUGGCUCCCGAGAUUGUCAACUAUGAGCCCCUGGGGCUGGAGGCCGACAUGUGGAGCAUCGGCGUCAUCACCUACAUCCUCUUGAGUGGUGCGUCCCCGUUCCUGGGUGAGACCAAGCAGGAAACGCUGACCAACAUCUCGGCGGUGAACUAUGACUUCGACGAGGAGUACUUCAGCAACACCAGUGAGCUGGCCAAGGACUUCAUCCGCCGGCUGCUCGUCAAAGACCCCAAGCGGAGAAUGACCAUCGCUCAGAGCCUGGAGCAUUCCUGGAUCAAGGCGAUCAAGCGGCGGAACGUGCGGAACGAGGAGAGCGGCCGGAAGCCGGAGCGGCGGCGGCUGAAGACCACGCGCCUCAAGGAGUACACCAUCAAGUCGCACUCGAGCAUGCCGCCCAACAACACCUACAUCAACUUCGAGCGCUUCUCCAAGGUGCUGGAGGAGGUGGCAGCGGCCGAGGAGGGCCUGCGCGAGCUGGAGCACAGCAAGCGGCUCUUCCGUGAGGACAUCGAGGCGCUGACGGCCAUCUAUGAGGAGAAAGAGGCCUGGUAUAAGGAGGAGAACGAGAGCAUCGGCCAGGACCUGAGGCGGCUGCGGCAGGAGCUGCACAAAGCCGAGGCGCUCAAGCGGCAGGCCCAGGAGGAGGCCAAGGGCGCCCUGCUCGGCGCCAGCGGCCUCAAGCGCCGCUUCAGCCGCCUGGAGAACCGCUAUGAGGCUCUGGCCAAGCAGGUGGCAUCCGAGAUGCACUUCGUGCAGGAGCUGGUGCGCACCCUGGAGCUGGAGAAGCUGCAGGCGGGCGAGUGUGGCCUGCGCUAGGCCACCCGGGGCGAGGUGGGCUGGGGACCCUCCCCAAGGCCGGGGGCUGAGGGCGCUUGGCUGGAGUGCUCUGUGGGACCCAGAUACUCAGGGCCUGGGGUGGGGGAGCAGGCAGGAGGCAGGGAAGCCAGCCCCACCUCUGCAGCAUCAACAGGGAACUCUGCGGGGUCUGCUGCUGGUGUACAUGGGCACCUCAUGCCCCGCUGGGCAGGGGGCAGCAGCCCGUCCCUGGGCCUGGCGGCUGCAGGGCCUGACUCCUCGGCUCUCGUGUCCCUCAUGGCCGGCUCAGUGCCCAGGAGGCCUGGCGAGGUGUGCUGUGGGUGUGCGGGCCUUGCCAGGACUCCUGGAGUUGGGGGGCUCCAUCACCUAUGGAGCAGCCCAGCCCCCCACCCCAUACCAGAAACGGGAGCCCAGCUCCCCCACGCCCACUGUCCACCACACAUGGCCUCGCUGCCACAUGCCCUGCCCUGGGUGGUCACGGGCAACAGAGGGUGAGACCCCGCCCUUGAGGAGAUUUUGAUCUGGAGGUGGUGGGGGCAAGGGGGGUUGUGGAAAAGGAAAUGCUUGCAAAAGCCUGUGUUACCGAAUCGGGGCAGGGGGUGGCCGCAGCGCUCCCCUCCCACAGACCAUCCCCCUGCCGAGGUGAUGGGGUGAAUCCCGCUCCUCCUGGCUCCCUAGUAACGUGGGGUGCAGGCUUCCAGUGAGCACCCCCAGCACCCUGACUCACCAGUGGGCAUGCCUUCUUGCCUGCAGCCGCCCUUGGGACAAUCUGUCCCUGCGGCCUCGGCCCCCAAAGGCACCCAACUGCCCUGCCUCAGUGGGCAGGGGGGACUCGUCACUCCAAGUCCUGGCCAAAGGGUCAGCACGGGGAGGUUGGCACAUCUGUGUUCUCUCCAGGGAGCGUACCCGUGCCCGUUAGUGCACUCGAGGCUUGGAGCUGCCCUGGAGCUGCCCUGGAGCUGCCCUGGAGCUGCCCUGCGACAAACCCUGGCAUUUCCCAACCUCCCGCUGUGGAGGCUUCCCGCCCGCGGCUGCAGUACCACCGCCAGCCACUGGGGGCCGCCCUCCACCAGCACGCCCCGCCCGAGUUGGUGGCUUCGGGGAACCUGCUCAGUGAUGUCUUGCUUGGCUGCCUGAGGGAGGGUCGCCUGUGUGCUUCUUGCUCCUGUGAAAAUGGGUUCCAGGAGCCGAAGACCCCUGGAGUGCAGGGAGGGACCCUUCUAGCCGAGGUCUGUGCCCAGGGGGCUGCAGUGGGGCUGGUGUGGCCCCAUCCAGGAGCUCCAUCGGCACCCGUGUGCACACAUAUAUGAGAACGUGCCUGUUGAAGCUAAAAUAAAAUUCCAGUU